CGCAACCCUGCAUGGGUUUUGCGCCCUGAAACAGAACGCGGCCAUUAUGAAAACGCGCGUACCGGCGUGUUUGUUUGUGCUAAGUAACCUCUCUGUACGUGAAAUUUUCAGUUUCUAAUCGCUAAUUAAAGGACUUUUAUUAAAUAUCGAUAGUGUAUUGUGACAAGUAAAAAAUGGAGCUAUUAAACGAUACCAAGGAUAGUUUCGAUCAAUCAUUUCGGUUGUUAAGCCAACAAAAUAUUCAUCAAAAAUCGUUACUGAGGUUAAAUAAUGAUAUUAGUAUCAGAGAAAUGAUGGAAGACAGCACAGCGACUGGAAUAAUUUUGAAAGCGAAUGAACCGUGGCGAGAAGCCAAGACUAAGCUUUACUAUGAUUUCUUACAAAGCAUGCAGUCGCAUUUUUCUGAAGCACAAGUCUUCGAUACUGUUGCUGAUUUUAUACAGAACUGUACAGAUACGUUGGAUAUAAUAAGAGGUAUGCAAUCAAAAGUUGAAAACACUGAAAUAGCAGAAGAGGAAACCUCCUUGGAAAGUGAGAGAAACACCUGGAGAUUGAUAUAUUGCCUUUACCAGAAUCGUAUAACCAGUGCUGGUCUAUCUACUCAAAUGGAACAUGAUGCACAUAUAAACAGUAAUUACAUCUCUGAAAAAGAUGUUAUAGAAAAUUUAUACAAAUCUGAAAGUUACAUUAGGGAGUACCAGUUGAUUAUUGACUGGUUAGAGAAGAAUGCUCUGGAUCAAGCAGAUAGAUAUCCUUCUAUAGAGCUUUUUACUGAUAAGACAAUAGCCUGGGAAAACACAGUUCAUCAGUUGCAAAAUCGAAAUUUAGGAAUUACAUUUGGCUCAUCUAGACCUAUAGUGUCAUCCCUUGACCCUGAUGGACCUAUACGGGAAGGUAAGCCAUUGCAUGAUCUGGACAGAGAAGAUGAUGCCAGACUCGAAAAGAGAAUGUUUAUAGAGGUACGUUGUGGGCGUCUUCAAAAAGCACAAGCAUUAGCCAUGCACUGUGGUCAACCUUGGAGAGCUGCGUGUUUAUUAGGAUGGAUUCCCAAUCACGAUCCAAAUUAUAAUAUCCCACUGACAGACACAAAAUUGCCAAUCGAAGGAAAUCCUGACAGAAGUCUUUGGAAAUUAUGUGCCUGGAAGAUGUCUCAAGAUAAACGCGUAGGUGUGUUCUACCGUGCCAUAUACGCGAGUCUAUGUGGCAAUAUUCAACUACUAUUACAGAUAGCAUCAUCUUGGCAAGAUGCAUUGUGGGCAUACGUGAAGAGUCUCCUGGACAUCAAAGUCGAGUCGGAAAUAAGAGCGACUAUGGCGAGGAUUUACACAGUUAUGCCAGAAGAAUACUGGAAAAACGAAAUCGCUUUGGAAGACGCGUUUAAAGAGCUGCAUGCUUCGAAAAAUCCUCUGAUACGUGUGCAGUCUAACAAACCUGAUCAUUUGAUCCAGAAAUACAUAAUACUGGACCAAACGUCGAAGUUAAUGGGGGAAAUUGAAAGUAUGGUAGACAGUGGUCUCUGCGACUCGCAAUUUCUCAGAUUCUUGGCGCAUUUGAUAUUGUUUUUCAGACAAAUUGGAAGAAGUACGAAGGACAAGAUCGAAAAUAAAGUAUUACUAGCGUACGUGCGUGUUCUCAUCGAGAUGGGCGACUCGACUUUAAUUGCAUUCUAUACAGCCACAUUGCCGCAAGAAGAUCAGAUAACCAACUAUGCUUCUUAUUUGGAGCGUGUCAAAGAACAUGAAGAGCGUAAGAAGUGUCUACGUGCCGCAGAGGACGCCAACUUGAAUGUGGAAGCGAUCACGAAAUUGGUGGUAGAAAAUAUACGUAAGAAGAACUUGGAAUCUGAUCCAACAGACCUGAAAGGAACCGUCACCGAUGCGGACAUUGAGAAGAUCAACGCGCUAGACUGGCUAAUCUUCUAUCAAAAUCAGCGAGAAGAAGCUCUGUGGCAAACAAAUGCGCUUAUUAGAUACUUCCUGACUAACGAGAAGAUCGAUGCGGCACGGAAAGCGUUUAAUAAGAUUCCAUCAGAUUCAAUCGAGUCAGUUGUGGCCGAAUAUCCGAGUAUGGAAUGCACGCUCACAAAUAUUACUAUGACGAAUAAUUUAUCCAGAAAAGCGGCCUCGUCCAUACGAGAAUAUCUGUGUUACAAAACGUACCUCGAUGCUCAGGAGGGUUUCAGUGAAUGGUUCUCGCAUUAUCAUCAUGGCAAACCCGCGCCUUUGGAAGAAUUACCGGCAUAUGCCACGUUUACGGAAAAAGUUGCAUACGAUCACAGAAAGACGCAGUACAACGUGGAAUUGGAAAGAUGGAAGUGUACGAUGCAACAUCAUACCAAAGCUGUGAAACAAUUGUUAUUUAACGUUCUGUUGUUCCCCGACGGUGGUUGGCUUAUCGAUUCCAAGAGCAGCAGCGACGAGCCGUGCACGCCCGAGGACGAGCUCAGGGAUCAUCAGUUGGAAAAGCUGCGCGAGCUUUGUAUACCUAAAGUCACGCUUUUGCUACACUCCGUUAUGUCCGAGAUGAACGAGCAUGCAAAUUGCAUUCAGCUCGCCGACAUACUCGCGUCCGAGCAAUAUCAAUUGUACAAAGUAUUUUCCAAGGGCAGACUACGCGAGGUAUUCAAGAAGAUCUGCGAAUCCUCUCUCAUCUUGAUGGACCAAAAGAAAGAUCCCUGGGGAUAUCCGAAAUAAAACUUGAAGUUUUACGUAUUGCUUUGUAAAUUCGCGUGUACCGCGUGUAUAAUUGAUAUGAGCGCUCAGACGUUUACCGUCGCUUCUGAUUGUCACUACAAACGUGUACAGGUAGUCUAUAUCUUUCUUCUCUCUCGCUCGUCUUCUUUUUUAUAAAACCAGUUUAUUGUCAACCACAAGAAGUGAAUAUAAAAUUUGAUAUAAUGUUCAAUAAUUCAUAAUCAUAAUAUAUCAUAUACUUCGUGAUUACGUAGAUGCUCCUUUUACCCAAUCGUUAAUAAAUGUAGCGCUAUCAAAGCCAUUAAGAUUAACGUGUGGGGGGUGUGUGACGAAACUCAUAACCGAUAAAAGAGCAGAACAUCCUGAGAUACAUUUCGCAGCGACACUUAGAAACUUCGAAUGACAGUUAUGACAGAUACACCAGCUCUGAUCUCGCAUUCUCACCGUCUCAUAUCGAUAUCGGGUAUACAAGGAUUCGCGCACAACGACGAGAAUCGACGAGUACCGAAUUGCAAGAAUAUUAUAUCGCGAACAAAAGCGAUACACUCCUCGUGUCCAGAUCUAAACAAAUCGUCGUAUCAAUACGUUACAGAGUCUCGUAAUGAUAUGAUUCUCAUUGUAUAUUUUCUAUUCUAAUGUUUCAAAGUGGAUAAUGUUUCUUCUCGA